CCCUCCCCAUCCAUUAAAAGCGGUACGGAGAGAAGCGUGCAAAAGCAGACGUUUAGCGCAAAGAUAGCAUACCCUAGAAAUGGCUUUUUGAAAUGUUUGAAUCUUAUUAUAUAAAUAACGGGAUGCUCUAUCUGACCUAAAUAGGCGUUAACGUGGUUCAUGACAAGAGAAAGGCGACGUCGCACAUCAUGGUGGCUGGUGAGUUGGUACAGGAGCAUCUGCGGUGUGACAACGCACCUGACGAAAUAGACAUCUCAUGCCUGACCCGGGUGGACAAGGGCGUUCCAACCGAGGAUCAGUACUCCGAUCUAAUGAAUGGAGCAGCACAUCCGACAGAACUGGUCUCGAAGGUUUUGGAACAGGAGAUCCCGCCUGAUGAGAAACAGGCUAUGCUUCCUGGAGAGGAAAGUCUAGAAACGAAGCUCUAUUGCAGAAGGUUUGCUGUGUUAGCUGUGUUCAGUCUCUACUCCCUAGUUAACGCUUUUCAGUGGAUCCAGUACAGCAUCAUCACCAACGUUUUUACUCACUUCUACGGUGUAUCCAGCGAAAAGAUCGACUUGCUUUCAAUAGUAUACAUGGUCGCGUACGUUCCUCUGAUCUUUCCGGCGACGUGGUUACUGGAUAAAAAAGGACUUAAAAUAACUGCCCUGAUGGGCGCGGGUUUGAACUGCGUCGGGGCGUGGAUGAAAUGCGCUAGCGUACGGCCUGAUCUUUUCGGUGUGACAAUGGCUGCACAGAUAAUGUGUUCCAUAGCCCAAGUUUUUAUCCUCGGGCUUCCCUCUAGGAUUGCUUCAGUGUGGUUUGGCCCGAAGGAGGUUUCUACUGCAUGUGCCAUGGCUGUGCUGGGGAAUCAGCUGGGCACUGCAAUUGGCUUUUUGCUUCCCCCUGUCCUGGUCCCUAACACUGUGGAAGACAUGGAGCUGAUGAGAUACAACAUAAGCAUUAUGUUUUAUGGGACAGCUAUAGUGUCCACUGUUCUCUUCAUCUUGGCAGUAAUUGUCAUGAAAGACAGACCCCCGCUGCCCCCCAGCCAUGCUCAGGCUGUCCUGCCUGACUGCGCCCCUGAAGACUACUCCUACAGGCAAUCCAUUAUCAACCUGUUGAAGAACAAACCGUUCAUCCUGCUGCUCGUCAGUUAUGGUAUCAUGACUGGUUCUUUCUAUUCUGUUUCAACAAUUCUCAAUCAGAUGAUUAUGGCUUGCUAUGAGAACCAGGAACUGAAUGCCGGCCGGAUUGGCCUCACCUUGGUGGUGGCUGGAAUGGUGGGCUCCAUCAUCUGUGGACUGUGGCUGGAUCACACCAAAACCUACAAAAUGACCACUCUGAUAGUUUACAUUCUAUCCUUCAUCGGCAUGCUGGUGUUCACCUUCACUCUGGACCUCAAAAACAUCUACCUGGUGUUUUUCACUGCCGGAGUGCUAGGGUUCUUCAUGACGGGUUACCUGCCUCUAGGUUUUGAAUUUGGUGUUGAAAUUACAUAUCCUGUAUCUGAAGGGACAUCUUCUGGUCUUCUUAAUGCAUUUGCACAGGUUUUUGGCAUUGUCUUCACAUUGAUCCAGGGAAGACUAACAACAGAAUAUAACCCCACGGCUGGGAACCUGUUCCUCUGUGGCUGGAUCUUUCUGGGCAUCUUCCUCACCGCCUUAAUAAAAUCUGAACUGAAAAGAAACAAUGUCAACAUUGGCUUUGACAGCAAAGCUCUUCAAGCAGUCCCUACUGGAAGCCCUUCAGACAAUCCAACCAAUGGCGUCAAGAUGCAAACUUCAGUCAGCUUUUCCCGUGAGACUUCACUGUAGUCAAAACAGGCGGAUGGGUCCUUCAAUAGAUGAAGAGCUUUUGUAUUCCCCUCCAGUCAACUUUAUUUUGAUAUUAUUAUUAUUUAUUUGUUUUUACUGGAAAAUUAUUUUUAUUCUCAUCCAAACAAACAAAAUUCUGAAAAUCCAAACAUUUAUACGGGGAAUUUGGAAUAUUUCCAGUACUUUAAUUAUGGUUUUCUACAGAAUGUGAGAUUUAGCUAUUAUAAUUGUUAAUAUUUGUGUCAAUAUUUAACUGUAGGAAAAUAGUUUUAAUUUGGUUGAUAGAUAUAUUCAUUUUUCCUAGCGUUGUAUUUAUGUAGCAAAUAAUGAGCAAGUAACAUUUCGGUAUAGAAAAUUACAUUACAAUGCAUUGUCUAACUUAUUAAAUUUUACCUAGUAAUUUUUCUAAAAUGUAUUUAUUUGUAUUUCAGUUUGUUUAAAAUUAAUUGGAUACACUGUUUUUCCCCGAUUUAAAAGGAAUACAUCCAACUGUUAAACCUGUCACAUACAUAGAUAUGUACUAUACAAUACGUGGCUUACGCAUCACCAUCUUGUGUCUAUGUCAUUAGUCAAAGUUAGCCAUGAUAUAGUCAGUGGAAACACAAUACAGCUGCAGAUCUGUCUCUUCAAAAUUAGAAGUUUGUUUUGCUUCUGUAUCUUGUACUCUGGCUUUUGUGAGUGGAAAGAUGACAUGGGAACAUGUUUAAAAAAAUAAACAACUAAUUUAAUGGAUUUCCAGCACA